AUGCUAUCGAAGUCUCCGCUGUUUUCAAAUAAUUCGCCAAGACCACUUAUUGGCACCGUCACCCCUAGGCCCUGGUUCUAUCUCGAGUUCGUCUAUGACGAACAAUUUCGCCUGGCUACACAUACUCUGGCCCUGGCGAGUAGCACGCGGGAAUUGAGCCGCUUUAGAACAAUCACCCGUCACAAGGGCCCUAGGGGCCUGUACAUACAGUUCAAGGCCACAAGUGGAGCAGUAGAACUAUGCACGCGCAACAUAUUACUCACACAGUGGGCCCGGGAACGCAUGCACCAACAUGAAAUAUAUGCACCCUUGUCACCUGCUCGAGUCGAAAAAAAUUCAAUCAUGUGGCGCAAGCUCAGCGCAGAUACCACCAAAAAUAUUCCAGUGGAUGCUGUCAUUGGCAAGCGGCAGGGUACCACGCUUCUAGAUGAUAUUCAAGAAGACUACUCAAAGUACUCUGUCAUCAGCUUUAUAUCUGACAUGACCAAUACUGGGGAAAACAAGGUAGCAGAAGAUCAAGUCCAAUUUGAAACCGCCGGGCUACUGGUUAAACAAAGGGCCGCACAGGGAAGAAUGACAGCAAAGAAUAAGACCGAUCCAACCAAGAUUGAAAAGGGGCGAAAAUAA